AUGGCGCCUAGGCCUCCACCUCCUCCUCCUUCUCAGCCUGAGCUUUAUGAGAACACCAGAAGACUGGAGGCUGUACUUGAGGCUAUGCAACUUCAGAAUGCUGCCUUGAUGCAACAAAACACCAUCGCUCUUCAGAACUUAGAGGCUGCAAGAGUGUCAACUGAGGACACUCAGAGGUACAUCAUGGAGAUGAUGGCUAAUGGAAGACCUACUCCUGGUGCUUCUACUUCUACUGCCAUUCGAGUUCAGGAGUGGAGUUUAGAGAGUUUUCUCCAACACCAUCCCGACAGGUUUACUGGCAAGUGCAGCCCGGAUGAGGCCGAUCAUUGGUUCCAAGAUAUGGAACGAAUCUAUGAAGCUAAAGGGUGUCCGGAUGGGUGGAAGCUGGCCUACACCCAGUACUUGCUGACAGGAGAAGCUGGACAUUGGUGGAACAGUGUGAAGAUGAUCUUGGAGAGAAACGAGACUCCUAUCACUUGGGAGCUAUUCAGAACUAAGUUCUACACUGAAUACUUCCCGGAUAGUGUCCGGUUUGCUAAGGAGGUAGAGUUUCUUGAGUUGGCACAAGGCAACAGGUCGGUAUCGGAGUAUGUUGACCGUUUUAAGCAUCUACUUCGCUUCAACACCAUGACGGUAAAUGAAGAAUGGCAAUGUCGCAAGUUUGAGAACGGCUUGAGGAAGGAUAUAAAGUUGCUGGUGAAAGGAUUCCGCAUUAGGGAAUUCUCUGCUUUGGUGGAGACAGCUCGCGAUAUGGAGAAGACUAAGGGAGAACCAGAGGGGCCUCAAAGACAAGAGAGCCAACCACUGAGGUUGGUGGACCGGUGGUAUCCAGAGGAGGCUCCAGUUUUAGGAGGACCCCUUUCUCUAGACCUACUUCAUCUGGGUCCAAGGGUUGUUUGCCCUCAGCUAGAAGGGUAUAGGAGGUGUAACAUCUGUAGGCGAGAGGGACAUUAUGCCAGAGACUGUCCUACUACUAGAAGGGCAGGACCACAACCACACCAGGCUAGAAGAUCUAGCCAGAGGGGUGGUAAUCGACCACAGGCAGCAGAGAGAGUCUACACAUUGACUGGAGCUAAGGCAGCCAGUGUAGGUAAUUUGAUUGUCAGCAUUUGCUUGUUAUUUGGAGCUUCGUGUGUGACAUUGUUUGACUCGGGGGCAACACAUUCCUUUGUAUCGAAGGCUUGUGUGGAGAAGCUUGAAUUAGUUGUUAGAGAGCUUCCAUGCGAUCUGGUGGUGUCUACACCAGUAGCUGGGUUGGUCAGGACGUCUAAUGUGUGUUCCGGAUGUCCUAUUGAGGUAGAGGGACGCAGGUUCAGAGUGAACCUUAUUUGCUUGCCUCUGUAG